UGGCUUAUUCACUGCCGGUUAACCACAGAGUUGAGCACUUGCUUGUACACCGGAGUCCAGUUUAACAGGGGAGAAUGAACAUAUUUCACGUGAAAACGGCCAUAACGAUGUCCUAAAGAAUUUUUUUUUUCUUUUUUUUUUUACACCUGAAAUUCCUUUACACCACGUUUCAUAUGGCAAAUCAUGACAAGAAUAAAAAGACUCUUCUGGAACUGCUGAAGCUGCCGGAGAACAGAAGCUGUGCUGACUGCGGUGCUGCAGACCCGGACUGGGCUUCAUAUACCCUUGGUAUAUUUGUUUGCUUGAAUUGCUCUGGAACUCAUCGCAAUUUAUCAAGUAUUAGCCGGAUAAAAUCCAUCCGCUUAGACUUCUGGGAUGACGAGCUUGUGCAGUUCAUGAAAGCCCAUGGAAACCGAGCUGCCAAGGAUAUCUUCGAGAGAUUUGUCCCGGUCUUCUAUUAUCAGCCACAGCGACAUGACUGUGAUGUUCUAAGGGAGCAGUGGAUCAGAGCCAAGUAUGAAAGACAGGAGUUUACAGAGCCAAAUAAACUUAGUGCCUACACAUCAGGAGUAUAUGAAGGAGUGUUAUGGAAGAAGGGGAAGGACAAUGGACAGUUUCUCAAGAGGAAGUUUGUUUUAUCGGAGCAAGAUUUCACCCUCAAAUAUUAUAAGGAGGAUGAAUCAAAAGGGCCAAAGGCUGUUAUUUCUGUACAAAGUCUGAAUGCAACCUUCCAGCCUCAGAAGAUUGGGCAUGCUCACGGCCUUCAGAUCACUUAUUCAGUGGAGGACCACACCCGAAACCUCUUUGUUUACCAUGAAAGUGGUCAGGAAGUUGUAAAUUGGUACAACGCUAUAAGAGCUACACGUUAUGUCUACCUGAAGACAGCAUUUCCUACAGCCAGUAAUGGCGAGCUGCUGCCAUGGAUUACCAGAAAGUACCUUAAAGAAGGUUACAUGGAAAAAACUGGACCAUCGCAACGGGAGCCAUUCAAGAAGAGAUGGUUCAUCUUGGAUGGUCUAGACAGAAAACUACUCUAUUUUAAAACCGAGCUGGAUGCUGUGGAGCUUGGGGUGAUUUUCAUUGGGACAGAGAAUCAUGGGUACUCGGUUAGUGAGUGUAUGCCGAAGGGGACCAGAGGAAAUAAAUGGAAGUGUGGGAUGGCAGUGGAGACACCAGACCGCCAGUUCAUCUUCAUGUGUGAGCAGGAGCGGGAGAGAAAGGAGUGGGUGGACGCCCUGAGACAUGUCAUCUCCAAGCCUAUGAUUCCUCAAGAUUACACCACAGAGGCCAAUAUCCGUAGACGAAAAUGAUCAUCACCGAGGACAGAAGCGUGUUUGGACUCCAUCAGUGUGGAUAUUUAUAAUAUCAGCAGGAUUGCUGCAGAAUAUAUGAAAUGUUUAACCCGAACCUUUUCGAAGUAUACUCAAUGUAAAAAAAAAAAGUAAGACAACACUCAAGAGUAAUUUGAAGGGUUCCUGGGUUUAACUUUUGACAUGGAAUGGUUUAUAAAAUGGAACAUACAGGGUUUCCACAGAGGCUGCAUUUGCCUAUUGGCUGCAGUUUGUUUGUGCAGGUGAGAACAAGAGAGAUGCUCUAAUUGAGAUUCUGUGCCUGGUUCCAAGUGAACUCUUGUGUGGUCAGAUUGUAGUGACACAGUGCUUCUACCCUCAUCAGGCCCAACUGUGGUGGAACAGGAAGUAAACCAAGAUGUAAAUGCUCUAUAUUUUGGAUUCUGGGUGACGGUUUUGUAGAUGUAAACUGCAAACUGGCCUGCAGGACACAGUGGACAGAGCUGUAGCACUGCAGAAAUGAGAUAUCUGGACUGGGAGAAAAUAAACAGUGGGAUUUCUAUAAUUAACUAGUAAUUUAUUAAAGCUCUGGCUCCAAGCUCUCUGUAUUCAGGUGAUCUUUGCGAUUUCUAUUUUCCAACUGGUUUUUUUUUCUGAAAUAGCAAACAAAUCAAUUUCACUGGGAUAUGGUGAAUAUGCUAAUAGCUGCAGGCCACUUGAGAACCCAGAUGUAACAAGCAUGGUGGACUUUUUUUAAGCUUGUAAGAUAUUAUCCACUUCUAGGUAAUUCUGAAAAUGGAGAAAAGCAGAAACACUGAAAACAAAAUCUGUUUUUUAGCUCACUCAGCACUCUUUAUUGGGAUCACUUCCGUAUUCACAAUCAGCUUAGAAAGGCCGGGCGGGGAUGAGUGAGUGAGUGAGUGAGAGAGAGAGAGAGAGAGAGAGAGAGAGAGAGAGAGAGAGAGAGAGAGAGAGAGAGAGACAGACAGACAGACAGAGAAUGAAGUGUGAGAGAGAGACAGACAGACAGACAGAGUGAAGUGUGUGAAAGAGAGAAUGAAGUGAGAGAGAGAGUGUGUGAAGUGAGAGUCUCUCACUCAUUGCACACACCUGCUACAACUCUAUAAUCUAAAUUAAGGCUUUUCACACAUAAAAACAGAUACAUCAACCUGACAAAAUAAAAAUGUUUUAUGAAGAAGUCAGAUGAUUGUCUGCAUGACUUUGUGAACAAAUAAAUAUAUUUUAAAUUUUAACAUA